AUGCGUGCUCGACUCCACUCGCGGCCGCUGCUCCUCGUACUGCUGCCGCCAUGCUACUGCGGUUCAGCUGAGCACCCCACCAUGCCCGCCCUCCAGCUCGCCCUCGGCCACACCCGCGUGCUCGUCAUGCCUGCUGCUCGGGCGCGGUUGCUCCCUCAACCGUCGCAGCUCCAGCCUCUGAUGCACACCGGCCUCCUCAGCCUACGCGCGCCCACGCCCGUCCUGGCUCGGCCCCACUCCGCUGGCUCGUCGGCCUCCUCCAACGCCUGCCGGGUCGUCCUCGCGCACCGGCUCCCGUGCCUGCCGGGUCGUCCUGACACGCCGGCUCCUGCGCCCGCCGGCCCGUCCUCGCGUCUCGGUCGCUCCGCCAUCGACCACGCCGGGCGUCGCGCCCGGCCGCCCGGCCUCCACGCCAGUCGGCCUCCGUGUGCAGAGGCCGGCUGCUCCGUCCGUUCGCCCGCAUCGCCCUGGGCCGGCUGCUGCUCCGCGCCGGCAUCGCCCAGCGCAUCUGCCUUGCUCUACUACGCGCGCCGACUCCCGAGCUCGGCCUCCCGUCGCCGGCGCCGCUUGGCCUCGCUUCCGACCUCUUCGCGCCGGCUCCUCCCCGCCGGGUGCUCCGCGCCGGGUCCCCUGCACCGGCUCCGGCUUCCCGCAACCCGGCCGGCGGCUCCGCCCCCAGCCUUCUCCGCUAACCCGGACGGCAGGCUGGGCCGCCUCCGCCUCCUCCACGAACAGCGCCGGCUCGCCCACUCCGCCGGGCCGCCUCCCCGCGCCACCUCCCAGGACCGGCUCCGCCUGCUCCGCCGGGCCGCCUCCUCGCACCGGCUCGGCCGCGCGCGCGCUUGCCCCACCUCGAGCCUGGCCGCGUCCGCCUCCCCGGUGCCGCCCCGCGCCCAGCUGGGUCCGGUGAGCACCGCCUCCACCUGCGACCGGGUCGCCUCCUGCGCGCCCCCACGCUGGCUCCGCCCCGCACGCGCGUCCCUCUGCCGCCUUGUGCCGGCCCGACCGCCUGCCGCCCGCGCCGGCUCCCCUCGCUCACUGCCUGCCGGCUCCCUCCCAACACGGACGACCGGCUCCGCCGCCUGCCGUCUCCGCCGCAACCCGGCCGCCGGCUUCGCCGCGACCCGGCCGCCGACUGCCGCCGUCCCGCUCCUGCCGACUGGAGAAAAAGAAAGGGCCGACUGCCCCACACGAGAAGCAAAAACAAAAAAAAGGGGGAGGGGGGCCGGGUGA